AUGUCUGUAACAGCUCCAAUCUACGAUAAAUCCGAUCCCAAGACGCCCAACAAAUUAUACGCUUUCUCCUUACCUUUCGGACCGGAAUGGGAAGAACAGAAAGAUUGGUAUUCCCAAGCUGCUAUGAUGGGCGCUGGAGCUGGAAUGUUCAUCAAAAGCCCCAUAUUCGCAUGGGGAUCACUCUUCCUAGGUUUAUUGGCUUAUGUUCAACAAGAAAACUUCCGUCAAGCAGAAGAUGCCAUGUCAUCUUAUCUCAUCCUUGCGUUGGGUUUAGGUGGAGUUUUCACAGUCAACUUUCCUAGGAUAUUGAUGGCUCCUGAUCCCAAGGUUCCCGUGACUGCUUGA